AUGGAUAUUGCUGCGCGAGUGAUGUCUGUUGUUAGGAGAACUUCAACAUCCGAACCAUCAACAUCCUCUGAUAGUAAUCCUCAAAAAGUAGGAAAAGUAAUGGAUGUGAGCGAUGGAGCUUUCAUUGGUGGCUUCAUUCCGUAUCAUUCAUUCGUAAAGAAUAAAGUUGCAGCAAUUGUUGAAAAGCAAAGAUAUCCUUAUACUCGUCCAGAGUUUUUGUAUUUUUCCGAAGAAGAAAUAACACUGUCCUCUGACCAUACCAUCAGACCUGUCCUUUGUCCUCGAUUACCGCAUAGAAUGCCUCUUUAUGCCGGUUAUGCUGAAGUAAUAAAUGCGGGAAAAACUAUCCAGAAUGAAGACCAAGCAUCUGCAAAAAUGCUUGUUUUGACACAACACCAAGGUGCUGAAAUGAAUGGGUUUUCAGAAGAAAAGAAGAUAGAGUCCAGAAGUAGCAAUUCUGCUGAGAUUGAUGAUGAUCCUAUGUUGACACCUGGAGGUGAUGAAAGUGAAAAGUCGACCAUUUUUUCUCUCCGAGCAGAUGCUGCUCUGUUCAGUCUUUUUGAUGGUCACGCUGGCUCGGCAGUAGCUGUUGUGGCCAGUAAGUGCCUUCAUGAACAUGUGAAAUCUCGUUUAUGUGAGGUUCUCGACACACUUCUUCAUCUGGAUCGUCAAGAAAACUUGAAUUUUGGAAAGCAUCGUUCAGAGUCCUCCUACAGUAUGAGCAAGAUGAACGAGGAAGAUGAAGCUCGAAUCCGAAGUGAGCAUUUGGUUAAAGGUGCUCUCGAGACUGCAUUUUUGGAUAUGGAUGAACAAAUUUCACAAGAUAAACAAGUUUGGAGACUACCCGGUGGAUGUGCAGUUAUAUCUAUUUUAGUGUUUUUAGGCAAACUUUACGUAGCAAACGCGGGAGAUUGUAGAGCUGUUAUGGUAACAUCAGAUGGUACAAAAGCACUUUCCAAAGAUUUAACACCUGCUUCGGAAAGAAAGAGACUACAAGAGCUAGCAUACCGUAACCCAGAACUAAUUGGGAAUUCCUUUUCUAGACUUGAAUAUUCGAAAAAAUUAACAAAGAAAGACUUGAAGUCUCGAGUUUUGUACAGAGACUGGUUCAUGGAUGGAUGGGCUGUAAAAACGGUCAAAGAAUGUGAUCUACGACCUCCUCUAAUCAGUGAAUCGUCUAGAAAACGACGUCUUCUGAACACGAUAGGAGUAUCAAGAGGAUUCGGGGACCAUCAUUUGUUGACUGUUGACGAGAGGCUCAGCAUAAAACCAUUUUUGUCAGCAGUUCCCGAUAUUACAGUAACUCAUCUGAGAGAUAUGAAUGUACUGACUGAUAAAGAUGUUGUGAUAGUCGCAUCUGACGGCCUUUGGGAUGUUUUGAGCAAUGAAGAUGCAGGGUUGAUUGUCAGAAGCACUUUGGGUUCUACUGAUUCCGCUGAUUCGUCAAGAUAUACACAAGCCGCGCAAGAUUUGGUGGCAGCGGCAAGAGGACAACAGGCGUCUCCGAAUUUGAAGAGAUGGGUUCUGAAUAGUGGCGGACAUGCAAGUUACGACGACAUUACAGUAUUCGUGAUCCCUCUGAAAUACUGUGCAGCCCCACCAGCUGAUUUGGAAGAAGAGGAAGACGAUGAGAUGCUGGACCUGGAAUAA